AUGGCCCCUCCAGGAUUCGGGCCGCCUGGAUACUCUGUCCCGCACCGCUCCAUGCAUCGCGAACCGCCCCCAGAAGGGUCCGAUACCAACACCCGGCCAUAUGCCAUCUUCUUUUCCUAUCUGUUGACAUGCUUCUCUGUCGCGGUCUUCAUCAUCCUGAGGCUCGUCAAAAGAGCAAGUGUGCUGCGAAAGUCAACUACCGCACAGCUCCCACCAAGAAGACAUGUCUGGCUAUUCAGUGCACUUGCUGCGGGCAGCUUGCUCACUACAUGGACGCACAUGUUCCAGUACUUCAAGGUCAGCUAUCAGUCUUGGCUGAUGUGGCGUAGCUACUACGAGCUUGAACCUGACCAGAAUCACUGGGGGUUGUGGUUGAAAGAGACUUCGCUGUUUCGAGAGGCAUGGGAGACUGUCAUCAUCGGAUAUGCGAGGUACUGGUGGUCACACCAGAUCUUCUUCUUCGCAUUGGGUCUGGGAUUGUAUCUGGAGCAGAAAGGAAUACGUCGCGGCAUUCGAUAUACCUGGGCAUUCAUGCUGCUUGGCCAGAUUGUGGCCAUCAGCUUUGCUACAAACCUCUUCAUGCUCACCUUACUCCUGAGCCCGCCAACACCACCUCAAUCAUCUGGUUCACGUCGGCAGACGUGGCUAGGCCCAUGGCUUCUCAACCUCUUCGCCAUCUUCGCAACUGCUUAUCCCGCGAUGCAACUAGCAGAUGAACACUACUGGCAUCACCCUACACACUUCAUGCCGGUGCUCAUGGCUCCACACAUCGCUUUGAUGCUCUUGCCCAUAGCACGCGCUGUUGUACCGGCCUCAUCGUUUAUCGAGGAUAUCCAAUUCACCGACAAGGUCUACAGCUACAUGUGGGCACUGGUCCUAGGGAAUGCCGGACUGAUGCUGGCAUGGACUACCGCAACAGCGUAUGCCUAUGGUGGUUUUGUGGGAAUCCAAAGUGCUCUGCUAGAACACCCAGCAGUGAGCAGCGUGGGAUUCGAUGUCAUCUUCUGCUGGAUCACAUGGGCCUGUUGGUACUGGACGCAAGCAAAACCUGCUUAUGAGGGUGUAUCGCGGGACUCGGCCGAGAGGAGGAGCGCACAUGCUGACGACGAGCCGGUCACUGCGCUGGGUGCCAGUGGAUAUGAUGGCGGAGCAAGACAUCGCUAG